CUGGAAUGUCUCCAGCUCUGCCAUCAAGAAGGCAGAUGCUUCUUCAGGUAGCAGCUGUUGUCCAGACAUCCCCAUAGGACAGACUUUUAAGAGAAGUGUGCUUCAUCCCUGUUUAGAAACCCAAGCAAUUGCUGCCAUGGCGGGGAAGCCAGUCCUUCACUACUUCGAUGGCAGGGGAAGAAUGGAGCCUAUCCGGUGGCUCUUGGCUGCAGCUGGAGUAGAGUUUGAAGAAAAGUUUCUGAAAACUCGAGAUGACUUGGCAAGGCUAAGAAAUGAUGGAAGUUUAAUGUUUGAUCAAGUGCCCAUGGUGGAGAUUGACGGGAUGAAGCUGGUGCAGACCAAAGCCAUUCUCAACUACAUUGCUGCCAAAUACAACCUCUGUGGGAAGGACCUGAAGGAGAGAGCCCUCAUUGACAUGUAUACAGAAGGUGUGUGGGAUCUGGAGAUAAUGAUUCUCUACUACCCCCACAUGCCCCCUGAGGAGAAAGAGGCAAGUCUUGCCACAAUCAAGGACAAAGCAAGGAACCGUUACUUCCCUGCGUAUGAAAAGGUGUUGAAGAGCCAUGGACAAGAUUAUCUCGUUGGCAACAGGCUGAGCAGGGCAGAUGUUUCCCUGGUUGAACUUCUCUACCAUAUGGAAGAGAUGGACCCAGGCGUUAUAGACAACUUCCCUCUGCUGAAGGCACUGAGAACCAGAGUCAGCAACCUCCCCACAGUGAAGAAGUUUCUUCAGCCUGGCAGCCAGAGGAAGCCUUUUGAUGAUGCAAAAUGUGUAGAAUCAGCAAAGAAGAUUUUCAGUUAAUUCAGACAGCUAUGGAUACAUACCGCCCACAAAACCAGCCUUUGAAAGCUUUGCAACAUUGAAGUGUUCUGACUAAAUGUUGACCCUCCUUAUUGGGAGGCGAACAAGUUUUCUAAGGCUGCUGUGUUAAUUCACAUAGACAUGGCUGAUGACAAAUUGCUGGGAAUCUACCUAGCUGUAGGUAAAAUUGCAGUCAUGGUCCCUUUCUCAGAUAGUUUCUUAGAUAUGCUUCUUUCUUUCUCAGAUAUGUUCAAUAAAACAAAACAAACUUCUUAGAGUCUGGAGUAUUCAAACAUUGUCAUGAAAUAGCUGUCAUAUCCUUGUCUAACAGAGUUAAGUAGAAAUCCUUAUCUCAAACUCUGGCUGAUGCAAAAAUAAUCUUUCCUUAUGGAGAGUGCCCUUUCUGGUCAAAUACACACAGACAUGUGAUCACUCAAACUGAGAGGAACUGUUUUCCUUCAACUUAUUAAUGGUUUUUUUUUAAAUUCAAUUUUUCAAACAAUAUAUUUAUGUUCAAUAUAGAGCCAUCAUUCUUCCUGGGCUGAUUAAUGAUGGUUAUGGCAGGGACAAUCAUUUACCCAGCCCCAGAAUCUCUGAAUUUCUGUAAUAAAAUUAAUAAAAACUCAGUUAUCCCUAAAUACAAAA